GCAAAAUUCCAUUGUUGCUUUGUAAACAUCCAUCCUACGACUUUAUUAUCUCAUCGAUCAUCCCACAAUUUACAUUUUCCAUUUUACACUCAAUAAACAAUUGAAAAACAAUAUUCUGAGUUGGUCGCAGUAAAUCAUGGCUCCAUCUCUUGAGGAAAGGCCCGAUGCUGUGCAAGACGUCCUCUCAAAUCCUCUCAAAAAUGCUCCCAAACUUGUCGCCCCAGAACCUGAACAUUGUCCCGGUCCAGAAUCCGAAGCGGCGGGAAAGGCAGAUUCUUGCGCGGGCUGUCCAAACCAAGCCAUAUGCGCAUCCGCACCCAAAGGUCCCGAUCCAGAUAUUCCAGCUAUAACUGCACGUCUUGCUGGUAUCAAACAUAAAGUCUUAAUUCUGUCGGGGAAAGGUGGUGUAGGAAAAAGCACAUUUACAACUUUACUUGCACAUGCCUUCGCAACAAAUGAGGACAACACAGUAGGAAUCAUGGAUACCGAUAUCUGCGGACCGAGUAUACCCAAGAUGAUGGGAGUAGAAACGGAGCAGAUACAUGUUAGUGGUGCAGGUUGGAGUCCAGUAUGGGUUAUGGAGAACUUAGGUGUGAUGAGUGUGCAGUUUAUGCUACCCAAUCGAGACGAUGCCGUGAUAUGGAGAGGGCCAAAGAAAAAUGGAUUGAUCAAGCAGUUUUUAAAGGAUGUAGAGUGGGGAGAGAUGGAUUUCUUAUUGGUGGACACACCUCCAGGAACCAGCGAUGAACAUUUGAGUGUGAAUUCAUUCCUCAAAGAGAGUGGGGUAGAUGGGGCUUUAAUAGUUACAACACCACAGGAAGUUUCACUGUUAGAUGUUAGAAAAGAAAUUGACUUCUGUCGGAAGGCGGGGAUCAAGGUAUUAGGGAUCGUCGAAAACAUGUCAGGAUUCGUCUGCCCAAAAUGCACACACGAAAGUCAAAUCUUCCAAGCAACAACAGGAGGUGCGAGAGCUUUGGCUAAAGAAAUGAAUAUUCCUUUCCUGGGAGCCGUACCACUAGAUCCUCGAAUUGGGAUGUCGUGCGACUAUGGCGAGAGCUUUUUCGAUGCUUGGCCUGAUAGCCCAGCCUGCACGGCAUUGAAGACUGUCGUUAGAAAACUUGGUGAAGAGAUCGGACUCGAUCCCAAGAGCAUAUUACCUGACGAUUGAACAUUCUUCCACGGAGUCCAUUCCCUCACAGAUCAACCGAUAACAAGAUUCGGUCAGCAGAGCGUGAUCAACAUCUGCUCCGAGGCAAUCAGCUCCCUGUUAUGUCUACCAUAAUACUACCCAUACAAUUCGUCAACUUUGCCACGGCUCGGAUCCGUAAUCAGAAAGUGAUGAAAUACCGACAGACACUGAUAUAAUAUCAAGGAUAAUUAGCAUAUAGAAUUCGAACCAAAUAUGAGAUUCAAAAAACAGCUUGAUUAUUGUUCAGCCCAAUGAGCUUAGCAAUGCGGUAUGAUUCUGGCGGCGAGUGCCCACCUAAGUUUCAUCUCUCACUUGAAGUUUGUACACUAGCUUAAAUACACUUGCCUGUUUUAGAUUUCGUCA